AUGGAAGAAGGCAGCAAAAAGACUUUGGCACGAUUCACUGACGACGGCGGCUUUAAACCAAAUCAACAUGAACGUGAGCGUUUCCGCACGGUGGCCGCGUUUUUCGUCUUUGGAGCUUUAAUGUACGCUUCAUACUCCCUUGUUAUUGCUGGCGCUCAAGAUAUUUUAGCCGGAACAUUUAUUCAAACUUCCAUGGUCCUUGUGGCGGACAUAGCACCGUAUUUUGCUGUUUCAUUAAUCGCCCCUUACUUCAUGCAAAAAAUACCGUAUUUUGUCCGCAUCACGACAGUUUUCUUUUCUGGAAUUACUGGUUUACUGAUCAUCGCAUUCGCCCGACAGGUUCAUUGGAAAUUAAUUGGUGUAGGUAUGACGUCGUUCGGUUUUGGAGUCAGUGAAGUUACAUUUCUAGCGCUCACCUCGUUUUAUCACGAAGUAACAUUAAGUGCUUAUUCAGCUGGAACUGGAGUUGGUUUUAUGAUAGCUCCCUUAUAUUACACAGGUAAGUCUAGUAUAACAGUUUUUUUUCCUUGAGUCUAAGAACAGUUUGACCAGUCAAUCAGUAAAAUAAUGAGGCAUAAAUAUCUUGUCGUCUUUAAACAAACCAUCUCAGUCUAGAAGCUCUUGUUCUAAUUUUAUAACUAAUUUCAUAUUUAGAUGCAUCUACGGAUAGCUAUUUGUCAAAAGACCGUAAGAUUUGAAGUGCAUGGGAGAUCAUUUGGGAACAGGUGCUCUAGUUAACAUUCAAAUUCAGUGCAUUCUCCUUUUCAAUAUGAAUGCUUUUAAAGUGAGCUCAAAAGCGACGGAAAAGAAAUUAAUCAUUUCUUUUUCAAAUAACUAACAGUCAAAUAAAUGACAGCCAUUUUGAAUGCAAAAAAGUCUAGACAAGAUAGAGAAACCCUUCCCAUUUCGUCACCAAUCGAACAUAGCACUAGAUACUUUCUAAACGAUGAUUUUAAAAAACGUCAAGAAACGACUAAUUUUCCCCUGUUACAGGAUAUCUCAGCUUCACUGUUUUGGAAACAAAAGGUCUUGAACCAGAGUGGAGCAGUAGAUAAUUAUUACUUUUUAACGAAGCUCCUGUUCCACUUCAUUGCUCUUCUUGAACUUCCAUUGAUUGAAAAUAAUAGAAACCUUUAUUAUCACUUUUUUUCUUGGGAAACCGCCAAACCGCGACAUGCAGUACACUUUUACAGUUUUACGCUGUCAGGAUUUCGAAUUUUAACAAAGCGUUUGUUGUAUAUAAGACUGCCAUGUUGUUUUUAGUCAAGUCUCCGUAGUUCACUUACCGGUUAUAGGGUCUUAUAGGCGAUGUACGGUAUAUCGCCUGAAAAACAUGAAGAAUUCAUUCAUUCAUUCGAGUUCAAAAAUCUAACUGGCACAUCACAGGCGUGUGUAGAAACUUAUCUUUUGCCUUUAAAGCGCGUGUACAAUUUUUAAUGCCGCCGAAAAACCUUGCCGUAAAUCACUUAUAAUUACCGCUGGAAGCUCUUCCUGCAGUGCAAACGUGAACUGGAAGCGCAAGACUGUGGUCACGUGACAUUCUCUGGUUGACCAUGAAAAACAUGAAGCUAAAGUCUCUCAUAGCGUGCUCACAACAAUGGAAAUGUGCAUUAAUAGUAAUUAUCAUUCAUUCAAAAUCUUUUUUCCGUUUCUGAUUGCCUCAAGUCCUCAGCUAAUUCUUCAUAACUAGCUAGCGUUGACCAAAUUUAGAAGACGUUUGCGAUCUGCAAUGAAAUGAUGUUAGAAGUCCAGGAUAUUACUGGAAAAUGGAACCAAAACCGAGAUGUCCCGGAGACGAGGCUGCGUUUGGCUGCGAACGCAGACGUAUUUCCAGCCGUCACUUCUCUCCGGGUGGAGAGAGAUGACGACUGGAAAUACUUCUGGGUUCGCUAGAAUUAGCUGAGUUUAUAAAAUCCCGCACUAACCAAUUUGGCCGUUGGUCUUCUAGAGAAAGGCUUCCAGCAAGGUUCCUGAAACACUCUCUUAGCUAAUACUAACUACUUGUUGUUUGGCUAGUCUUGCUCUGCUGUGAUUGGCUAAGAGUGCUGAGUCACUAGCGUAAAAAAUGAGUCAAAAUAGCCUACAACACAAUAUUGUCAAGCCUCGAUUGUGUGUGUGGUAGGGGAUGCUCGGUGAUUAUAUCUCCUGUUAUUUAUACUUUUUUCAUCUCAAACACAUACCUUUAUUGCUAAGCAACUGUUCGUUUUUGUAGCCAUGACAACCUGGGCCUGUGUAUCACCAAGCGCCACAAUUUUGAUCAUGGCAGCCAUGCUGCUUCUGAUUUUCGUCUGCUAUUAUGCCAUGGACAAGAAACACCUUAAGUCUCCAAUUCCACCACCGACCAGUGAAAAUGACAACAGGUGAGAGUACACCGCUUUGGUGACUAAGGGUAAGCCCUAUAAAUUUUAUUGUUUUAUUUUCUGUUGUGACCAAAAAACCGACUGAUAAGCCCAUGACAUGUGUUUUUAUUCUGUGUGAAUUCAACACUGCUCCCUCUAUAAGAAGGGUCGUCUUAAAGAUAAGCAAAUAAAAUGACUGGAGAACGGUAGGAACCAACUCUAGCUGUCCUUUAUAGAGAGGCAUGUUAAAUACGAAAAAAAGAAAUGCUGAAAGACAAAUUGCACCUGUGAAAGCAAUGGUAAAGAGAUUUUAUUUGAUUAAUGGUCACCGACCAUAACAUCUCGUCCACAGACUCAAAAGUUAAAAAUACAUAGUACCAUGUGAAAAUACUGCUGAAGAGGUUUCAUUUGAAUGGUCACACCAUAGGAUUUCAUGCACAGACUCAGAAGUUAGAACUACAUACAAAAUAUAUAGUAGAACCUGAAAGUACUGCUGAAGAGGUUUCAUUUGAAUGGUCACACCAUAGGAUUUCAUCCACAGACUCGAAAGUUAGAAAAACAUACUAAAUAAAUAGUACCAUGUGAAAGUACUGCUGAAGAGGUUUUAUUUGAAUGGUAACACCAUAGGAUUUCAUCCACAGACACAAAAGUUAGAACUACAUACAAAAUAUAUAGUAGAACCUGAAAGUACUGCUGAAGAGGUUUCAUUUGAAUGGUCACACCAUAGGAUUUCAUGCACAGACUCAGAAGUUAGAACUACAUACAAAAUAUAUAGUAGAACCUGAAAGUACUGCUGAAGAGGUUUCAUUUGAAUGGUCACACCAAAGGAUUUCAUCCACAGACUCGAAAGUUAGAAAAACAUACUAAAUAAAUAGUACCAUGUGAAAGUACUGCUGAAGAGGUUUUAUUUGAAUGGUAACACCAUAGGAUUUCAUCCACAGACACAAAAGUUAGAACUACAUACAAAAUAUAUAGUAGAACCUGAAAGUACUGCUGAAGAGGUUUCAUUUGAAUGGUAACACCAUAGGAUUUCAUCCACAGACUCAAAAGUUAGAACUACAUGCUAAAUAAAUAGUACCAUGUGAAAGUACUGCUGAAGAGGUUUUAUUUGAAUGGUAACACCAUAGGAUUUCAUCCACAGACACAAAAGUUAGAACCACAUGCUAAAUAUACAGUAGCACCUGAAAGUUACUACUUAAGAGGUUUCAUUUGAAUAAUCACACAAUAGGAUUUUAUCCACAGACUCAAAAGUUAGAACUACAUUAAACACUGUAGUACAAUGUGAAAGUACUGCUGAAAUGAGAGGUUUCAUUUGAAUGGUCACACCAAAGGAUUUCAUCCACAGACUCAAAAAGUAGAACUGCAUCAGUAAAUAAAUGGUACCAUGAGAAUUACCCCCAAAGAGGUUUUUUAAUUUUAUCGUAUGGACACACCGCAGGAUUUCAUCCACAGAAUCAAAAGUAAUAACCAUCUUGCGUACCUUCACCAUUUACUCUGGGAGUGAAACGCUUAAAAGAAAGUUAAUUGUACGUACUAUAUAUUCUCACAGAAGAUACAACUGGAUCAACCACCAACGAAGAAGAAGACCCCAGCACUGAAGAUGCUCCUCUCACUUAUCGUGAAAAGUUUAUGGUCAUCUUUCAGAUGCUGUCAAACCUGACACCCCUUUACAUCGCAUGGUUCUCAGAAUAUCUGAUCAUUCAAGCCGUCUUGACAACACUAGCAUUUCCCAACGCCCCCUUCAGACCACGUGACCACUAUCAAUACUACAUCUUUGUGUUCCUGGGAGGUGAGGUCGUGGGAAGGUCCUAUCUUGUGGUUUUAACCUACAUCAAUGCGAACUGGGCCGAGAAAGCUAAGUUCCCGUAUCUAUGGGUUCUGUCGGCAAUUGAAGUGAUGCACCUUAUGUUCUUCAUCUUAGCAGCCUGGUAUCGCUUUCUACCAAAUGUUUGGAUCGUAUUAUUCCUGUCAUUUACCGGAGGUUUAACUAUCGGUGUCCUUUUCGUCAACGCUUUAUCGUUCCUCAGGGAAAAGUUUGAAGGUCGCUAUAAAGAAUUUGCUAUGGGGUACCUCGUUGUGGCUUUGGGAGGAGGCACAUUCACGGCCUCUCUGGUGGGUCUCGUUACCGAGCCCCUGUUACGAAACCGCUGCAAGUUGCUUCUGAAUAAAGAUGAUUUCUGCUUCACAAGGUCAAAGGCCAGAGAAAAUAUUAUAUCGCACUGUCUCGUAAAAACUGGUUAG